UUAAUCUGAUAUGUUGUUCAUAAUCUUUCAUGAUGAAUACUGUUGAAGUGGAUGAUCUGGGUAUAGAUUUUCUUGAACAAAAUUGUAGUUAUCUGUAAUCAGAUUUCAGAAUAUGAUUAUGUUAAGUAUGAUUGAUGCAAACAUUUGAUAUAUAAAAUAAAAUUAAUGGAAGAUCUGGUUGCUUGACGGGAUUUUUUUCUGUACUUGGAUGAACAUCUGCUGAUGCAAACCCCAGAAAAAGAAAAACAGCAAAAUUAAAAAUAGAAAGAUAGAUCAGCUUUUUAUUCAUCAAUAUUUGUGAUUUUCGAAUAGCUGAGAUUUCGCACACCCGUUUAUUGUCGUCUGAUCGGAUCGCUAGGUUUACGAGUAAGCUUGGUAUAUGAGUUUUUCUGCAGCAGUCUGGAUUUAUUUUUGAUGGAACUGAUUUUAAGAUUAAUAAAUGAUGAGGUUUUAGGGGCCUUUUUUGUUUUUCUGUUCCAUUGUUUAGAAGAGAAAAUAGGGAUUUGUGGUGAGAUAAAGUAUGUUUAUAUAAUUUUCUUGAUGCCCUUGUGGAAUAUUUUAUCUUAUAUUGUGUAUUAAUCUUUCAUAUGUCAAUUUUUGAAAAACUGGAUUCCGGAUCAAUGUCACAUGAUUCACUAAUCUCUCCUUGCGAAUCAGGAAUCAAAAGAAAGCGAAUUAGGGUCAGUUUUGGGCUAUUUUAGGGUCAUUUUGAGCGAAUCCCGAAUUCAAAAGACGAAUUAACUAGCGAAUUAUGUUGCAUUGUUCAGGAGUGUCAUGAUCUUUGAAGUGAAAGUAGGGAUUUGACUUGAAGUCAUUUCUUAUGAUGUUCCAUGGAAAGUGUUAUCAACCCGUAACCUUUUUCUAUCAUUGAUAAUUGAUGCAGCUAUUAUGGGGACAGAACUCUUAAGAGCUUGUCUGAACGAAGACGAUUUUGAUUUUCCACCAGUUCCACCUGGUUUUGAAUCUUUCACCUCUUUCAAGGUGAAGGUCGAAAAGGCUGACAGUGAACCCUGCUGCUCGGUUUCUUCUAAUCCUUCUCGACAGGAACCCGUUCAUGUAAAACUUGAACCCGGGCUUGGUGGUGGGGGAAAGAUUUCGAGAUCUUUGAGAUGUAGACCAUCUAACAAUUAUGGACGAUACAAUCAAUGUUCUGAUGAAGAAUCUGAUUGUGAGCAACUUGACCAGAACUUCCCCACAAAUUCUGGCCUUCCAAAAGGUGUCAUCCGUGGUUGCCCUGAAUGUCCUAACUGCCAAAAGGUUAUUGCUAGAUGGCAUCCUGAAGCUGCUUGUAGGCCUGACCUUGAGGAGGUGCCUGUAUUCUACCCGAGCGCAGAGGAAUUUGAAGAUACAUUAAGGUAUAUAGAAAAGAUACGGCCAAAAGCUGAAAGAUAUGGAAUUUGCCGUAUCGUUCCUCCUUCUACAUGGAAACCACCAUGUCUUCUUAAAGAGAAAGAUAUAUGGGAAAAGGCAAAGUUUGGGACCCGUGUACAGAAAGUUGACAAACUACAGAAUCGUGAUGCAUCGAGAAAACAGUCCAAGGUCUAUACUAAUGCCAAGAAGAAAAGGAGAAGAUGCGUGAGAAUGGGUGUUGAGUGUGGGCCAGGGAACGGAAGGACCUUUGAGCUAGGGGAACCUGGUUUUGGUUUUGAACCUGGUCCUGAUUUCACUCUUGAUGAAUUUCAGAGAUAUGCUAAUGCUUUCAAGGACCGAUAUUUCAGGAGUGAAAGUUAUACGGAUUCAAGCAUUGAAAAAGCCAAAUCUACCGAUUGCUGGGAGCCAUCAGCUAAAGAUAUAGAGGGUGAAUAUUGGCGAGUGGUUGAGAAGCCUACGGAAGAAAUUGAGGUUCUUUAUGGGGCUGAUCUGGAAACUGGAGUUUUUGGCAGUGGUUUUCCGAAAUUCUCUGCUGAAAGUUGUUCGGAUGCUGACGAGAAAUAUGUGAAAUCGGGAUGGAACUUGAACAAUCUACCUAGGCUUGCAGGUUCUCUACUUUCCUAUGAAAAUGCUGAAAUAUCAGGUGUUCAAGUUCCAUGGUUGUAUGUUGGAAUGUGCUUUUCCUCGUUUUGUUGGCAUGUUGAAGAUCAUCACUUGUAUUCUCUGAAUUACAUGCAUUUUGGUGCUCCAAAAAUGUGGUAUGGUGUCCCUGGGAGUGAUGCUCUUAAAUUGGAGGCUGCGAUGAAGAAGCAUUUGCCUGAUCUUUUUGAUGAGCAGCCUGACCUCCUCCACAAGUUGGUUACCCAACUUUCUCCAUCCAUAUUGAAAUCAGCUGGGGUACCAGUCUAUCGGUGCAUGCAGAGUGCAGGAGAGUUUGUAUUGACCUUUCCCCGAGCUUAUCAUGCUGGGUUCAAUUGUGGAUUCAACUGUGCAGAGGCAGUGAACGUAGCUCCUAUUGAUUGGCUUCCUCAUGGAUUAAAUGCAGUGGAGCUUUAUCGUGAGCAGCGACGAAAAACAACUAUAUCUCAUGAUAAAUUGCUACUUGGGGCAGCUAGAGAAGCUGUAAAAGCUAACUGGGAACUUAAUUUACUAAGGAAAAAUACCAUCGAUAACCUUAGAUGGAAAGAUGUCUGUGGAAGGGAUGGGAUCUUAGCCACGUCUCUCAGGGCACGUGUUGACGCAGAGAAUAUGAGGAGGGAAUUUCUUUGCAAACAAUUAAAGGCACUGAAGAUGGAGAAUACAUUUGAUGCCACAACGGAAAGGGAAUGCGACAUAUGUUUCUUUGAUUUGCACUUGUCAGCUGCUGGUUGUCGCUGUUCCCCCGAAAGGUUUGCAUGUUUGAAUCAUGCAAAACAAUUGUGCUCAUGUAGCUGGGAUGCCAAAUUUUUCUUGUUUCGUUAUGAUAUUCCCGAGUUGAAUCUCUUGGUCGAUGCUUUGGAAGGCAAAUUGAGUGCCAUAUACAGAUGGGCCAGACUCGAUCUCGGGCUUGCAUUGAGUUCUUGCAUAUCCAAAGAUAAUCGACCAUCUAUGGGGAUUAGUGAUGCAUUUCCCGAGCAUCCUAAAGACAAUACUGCGUGUAAGUCAAAUUUGCAACCUAUGGUACCCUUCAAAAGUAAAGAUGUUGGGGUUAAAAACCAAACUGGUUUGGCUUCUAGUUCUGGAAUUUCUUCAGUUGACAGGGGGAAGUUCCCUGAUGCUGUACUGGCCCUGGAAGCGACAAAGAUCCGUCCUAUUAAAUUGGUUCUCCAAAGUAAGCAAAACAAACCACCGAUCAACAAAGUUAGAGGUGAAGUCCCCGUAUAUAAUCCCGGUGACUGCACACAUCAAUUACCUAGUAAAGAUACACAUAGCAAUAGGAGGUCCACUUUACUCGAACCUCCGAUGAAAUCUCCUUCACAUGGGCAAGAUGAUCUGAUAUGCCUUAGUGAUGAUGACGAUGAACCAUCAAAUAAACCUCCUUGUGAUGAGGACAGUCUAAAAGCUCCCGAGAUUGAGAGGUCUAAUCAUAAAUUGAAUCUUUGUGAUCUAGCUAAUGCAGCCUUGGCUGCUGAAGCCAAUCUAAGCUUGAUAUGUGAUGGGCAUAAAGAUGAUUGUAUGUCUUGUUCAACUUCCCCGAAUAAUGAAGCCGAGGUAAAAUGUGAAACAGUCGCUCUAUCCGAUGAACAUAAUCUUUCCUGUCAUCAAGGUUCUAUAGGUUCUAGUAUCGAGAAAAGGGAUCCAGAUGCCUAUACUCCUGAUAGCUUUCAUCAACAAACAACAUGUGCUCCUAACCCGGGUUAUGGAAUUAAGUUUAGGGAUGAAAGUGUCAUACAGAGAGUUAUUGACGAGGCUAGAUUUUUUCCUGGGACUCCAUCAUGUAGUCAAAGUAGCGUAGACAAAUAUCCUCGCCAGAAAGGUCCACGCAUUGCAAAAGUUGUGCGGAGAAUCAACUGCAAAGUUGAACUGCUAGAAUCUGGGGUUGUAAAUCCUGGAAAUCUAUGGAGCACUAGCAGAGCUAUUUUCCCAAAAGGGUUUAAAAGUCGCGUCAGUUACAUAAAUUUCUUGGAUCCCACAAACUUGGGCGACUAUAUCUCGGAAAUUCUUGAUGGUGGAUCGAAAGGACCACUUUUCAUGGUAUCACUAGAGCAUUGCUCAAAUGAAGUAUUUGUACACAUGUCACCUACUAAAUGCUGGGAAAUGAUUCUUGAACGAGUGAAUCAGGAGAUCAGUAAGCAGCACAAAUUGGGCAAAACAAAGCUUCCUCCUCUGCAGCCACCUGGUAGUUUGGAUGGACUUGAAAUGUUUGGUUUCACCUCCCCCGCUAUAGUUCAGGCUAUCGAAGCAUUGGACAAGAAUCGCACAUGCAAAAAUUAUUGGAACUCUCGUCCCCUUUCUCACAUCUCACGGUGUUUUCAGCCACAACGUAACAACCAAAACCCAAAUAAUACGGAAAAUGAAAAUAUAGGACGAUCUGACACGAUACUCAGAAGAUUAAUUCAGAAGGCGGACACUGAAGAAUUACACUUACUUUUGAAAUUUUUGAUCAACGAUCAUGGUUGUGUGACGGGUAUUAUAAACGACGAGAUCAAGAACCGGUCGAGAUAGUUUAACAUCCAGUCUCAAGGUGAUAUAAUGUAAUGGUAAAUGAACUUUGAGGCUGGUUUCAAUUAGGUUUAUUUGUACAUUCUUAGUAGGGUCAUUGAUUUUUCCCAAUUUCUUCAGAAAAUACAUUUAAGUGAUAAGAGAAGUCGGGAACUUACCCUUAAAAUGUAGGGGUUUUGUGGAUAAGCAACUAACCUCUUCUUAUUUUUGAAUCACUGCUAGGAUACCAUUUUAAGUGCAUAGAAGAGUUCAUGACAAAUUUUACACACAGAAUACAAUGAAAGAAAUUUCUUGAUUGUUGAUUUGUUAUAUAUCUAUUACCUUUUUGUA